ACUUUGCAACCACUUGGAAUUACUAUUUUGUUUUUGUCUCUUCCAGAAAAUUCUAUAAAGACAAUUGCUCUCACAAAAUAUCAUGAUUUCACUGAAGAAGAAGUUACCAGAAUACGACAACAGUUAUUGCAGUGGUAUGGCAGAAAUAAACGGGAUUUACCUUGGAGAAAGCAGGAUUCAACUGAAGAUGUCAACAAAAGAGCUUAUUCCGUGUGGGUCUCCGAGAUAAUGUUGCAACAGACACAGGUGGUUACUGUCAUUGAUUAUUACAACAGAUGGAUGAAGAAGUGGCCAACUGUUCAAGACCUGGCAAGAGCAGACAUUGAGGAAGUCAAUCAAGUGUGGUCAGGUCUGGGAUAUUAUUCCCGAGCUCGUCGACUUCAUGAGGCAGCCAAUAAGGUGGUGCAUAAACUGAAGGGACAGUUACCAAGGUCAGCCACAGACUUACACCAACAUUUGCCUGGUGUUGGAAGAUACACUGCCUCAGCCGUGGCUUCUAUUUCAUUCAAGGAGCCUGUCGGGGUCGUUGAUGGCAAUGUGGUGAGGGUAUUAAGUCGGUUACGUGCAAUUGGAGCUAACAGUGAUGACCCUCAGGUGGUUGACACAUUCUGGCAAUUAUCUGAUAAACUUGUAUCUCCUGAUCAACCUGGUGACUUUAACCAAGGCCUCAUGGAGCUAGGGGCCACAGUGUGCACCCCAAAAUCUCCAGCUUGCUCCUCCUGUCCACUCCAGAAUAUCUGUCAUGCAUACAAAAUGAAGAUGAAAAAUGAGCAAUUAACUGGCAAUACUCUGCUUCAACAAACCAAGAAAGACGAUAUUGUGGACAUUGAAUGUGGUAUGUACACUUUGCUUAUAACCCAAGGUGUUUGGAUAGUUGUUGUGUUGUUCAUAUUCGGAUGUUUUGGUGUUCACAGGGCACUGAGCAACAUUUUGAUACCUGGUUCGAAUUAUGAUACAGAAUCAUUUGACCUAAUCCUUGGUGUGACCAAUUUCCCUCGGAAAUCAAAAAAGAAGCCCCCAAGGGAGCAGACAUCUGCUGUAUUUAUCAUCCGCCAGAAUACUGCUGAAGAACCCCAGUUUCUGAUGAAUCAGCGUCCAAAAACUGGUCUGUUAGCAGGUCUUUGGGAGUUUCCAACAUUUGAUGUUAGUGAAGUUGAAAAUAACAAGACUCUGUUUUCUAAAUUAGAGGAUUUUGGACUCCAAGCGUCGUUACUCGGCAAAAGAUUGAAGAUUGGAGAUGUGAUCCACAUCUUCUCUCACAUCCAUCAAACCUAUUGUGUUGAAGUCAUUGACUACACCAGUAAAUCUACAUCUGACCACUGUCCAGUAGGCACAGCCGUUGUCCAGUGGAUGACUGCAAAAGAGCUGCAGACAUCAGCCAUAUCGACUGCCAUGAGAAAGCUCCCCAAGAAACCAUCAACAAAACACAAAAUUGCUGAAGAUGAAAGACAAACAAAGCGACAAAGAUCUCUAAUGGAUUCCUUCUUCAAAUCUUCUUAG